AAUAUUUCUAACAAAGCUGCUGUAAUUUUUUUAAAGUUUAUUUUAAAAGACUUCAAGCUUAAAUUCUGAAAAUAGACAAUUAAAUGAAUAAAACAAUCUAUAAACAAUUAAAUGAAUAAAACUAGGCCUACAAUAAUGAAUGAUCCUAGUACGCCAUGGAUGAUAGUUAUAAUUACAUAAGGGAAGAUUUACCAAAGCAUUGCUGAAUUUUAGAGACUGACCAUUGGACAAUGAGACAUUAGAGAAACGAAAAAACAUCACUAGAGGAGAUCAACUCGAAUCGUAUUACUCAUAGCCACGCCAUGAUAAAUCACAACAUAUUUUAUUUUUACAACUUGAAAACCCAUUGGCGAAGAUAGUCUGAGUUAGCGGGCAUAAUCCCCUUACAUAACAAAAUUUAUGCUCACAUAAAUGCACAUAUUGCUCUGGAUGAAGUAAUGAUAAAAAAAAAUUAAUUAUGAAUGCUUAUUCAAAAAAUUGGAUGAGAGGUGAUAUUGUGUGGGCGAAAAUGGGUGGUUUUCCUUGGUGGCCUGCUAUUGUAAUAGAUCCUAAAGACUGUGGUAGAGAUGAUGAUAACAACGAAGAAAAGUUAUGGUUAUUCUGGUUUGGUGAUUACAAGGUGUCUCAGAUGCCCCUAGAUAAAAUUAAUGAUUUUAAAGAAGAGUAUGACACACAUUUUCUGAAUGGAAAAGGAAAAAAUUUUAACCGUGCUGUUCAAGAAGCAUUAACUGUAUUAGCUGAAAAUUAUAAUGAAAAUUCCCUUAAAUCUUCUAAUUUAUUUGAUUGGGCUGCUAAGGGAUUCGAGAACCAAGGUCUUUUCUUACCUGAUAAAGUAAAAGGACUUCCUAAAAUGGUGUCAGAGUCUCUCAACAGAAAGGCAUUCAAGAGAAAACUUAUUAAUGAUAGUGAUCAAGAAGAUGAUAGUGAUGAAGAUACUAUGGAAAUGGAAAAUUUGCUGCCUGAUGUGUUAAAUGGAAUCAAAAAUUUAGAAGAUAUUUGCAUUAGCUGCUUUAAACCUAGUGCUUGCGUGGUAAAAAAACAUCCAUAUUUUGUUGGUGGAUUUUGCCGGACUUGUCAAAGAAUUGUUGAAAUAGCUUGCGACAUUCCAUUUGGAGAGCUCCAGGAUUCCUGUGCAGUGUGUGGCCAAGGUGGACAUCUCAUUAUUUGCAGUAACUCAAUGUGUUUAAAGUCUUUUUGUAGUUUAUGUAUUGAAUAUAUGACACCAAAAGGCACAUUUAAAAAGGUUCUACGUGCCACUAUUUGGCUAUGUUAUCUUUGUGAGUUGGAUUCCAAAGAUAAGUGUCUAAUUCGACCUAGAAGACUAGUGACAUCACAUCAAAAUGUAGUAAUACCAAUCUUGAGAAAAAAGAAUUUAAUUAAUGUGCUUGCUCAUUCUGAUACAAUUUUAUCAGUAUUGAAGUCAAAAAGAUUUGCAAUUGGAAAGUUUUCUACUGAAAUUCCUCCGUUGGAUAGUAGCAAAUUUGUUAAAUUCAAUAAGUUUAUAGAAGAUGAGCUUGAAAAUCUGUCUCCAGAUUUUGUCUGUUGUAGUUACCUGGAAGAUCCUCUUAAUCUAGAGUUCCCAAAUGGAGAUGUUCAUCUCCUUUUUAAGACAUUCUAUUCAUUUCUCUACACUCUUGAUGAGGCGAAGGCUGUGAAUGAGAGAGUGCUUUUUGCAUUCCUGUUGAAUGCUAAAAAAAGCAACUACCUAGUGCGAGAACGUUUGUCCCAUUUGCUUGAGGUUCCACCUGUUGCUCUUACAACAAAAAGGAAAUCAUUGUAUCUUUGGUCAAAUAUUCUAAACUGCAGCUGUUUAAGUAAAGUUUUUCAAGAACAGAAAUUUGCUGAUGUUAGCUCUGAAUCUGAUUUUUUUGCACCUGUCAUUGAGUUACUUUCAAAAUAUUUCAAAUGUGUAAAGUAAUUUUAUGAACUUUUUCAGAUCUGUUGAUAAUACAGAACUUUUUUAUUAUAUUAAUUGAUAUUGCUAAUUUUUUUUGGUUUUUUUCCUUGUGUUUAAUGAUACAAAAUUGUUCGAGAUUUAAGAAAAAUAAACAAAUUAUUAGCUUUUUAAUGUUAAAUGUAUAAUUUCACUUAACUUAAUUUAGAUUAAUAGAUAAAGUUUUUAUAGUCUUUUUAUUAUCAAGAGAAAUAGAAAUAUUGCUGAACCUAGCAAAAAUUUAAAAAAAAAAUUAUUGAAGAGAAUUUUGGUUUAAAUCAUCUUAAAAGAGUGUAUUUUCAUAUAUAUAUUAUUUUAGUUUAUUUUUUUAUAUUAAAGAAAAUUGUUUUUCUUUGUAUUGAAUUAUUCAUAUAACUUUAUUUUAUGUUUGAAAAGUUAAACCAUAUGUUUUGUGAAUUCCUAUCAAUAUACUCUUUUUAUUGGCUUUCUCUUGUUCUUUAGAAUGAUAAGACAUUUUAUAUUAUAAAGCACUUUGAAAAUAAAAAACAUUUUCAAUAAAUUAUACUUUGUAAUGUUUUGUAAUUGUGCUUACAUUAAAAUAUCUUUAAGUAUAUUCUUUUGAAUUGAUGCAGAUUGUGUUUUUGAGAAAUAUAUUAUAUUUUUACAUCUGAGAAAGAUGAUAUAUUUAAUAAAUUCCUAGUUAUAUUAAAAUAUUUUAAUAAACUGAUAUAUUUUUUAAUAUAAUGAACUAUGUUUAAAACUAUGUGUUCAUAAAGUUGAUGAACUUAUUUUUGUCAAAUGCAUAGAAAUAAUGUAUAUAUAUUUGUUUUCAUUCUAAGAAACAUAUUCCUUAUAUGUUUUAUGUGCAUUAUGUUUUUGUGUGCCUUAUUUGCAAUUGAACUAUGUCUUAUUAUUUUUCUAUGAAAUUUAUUAGAGUGUUUCUUUUAUGUUCUUUCAUAGGCAAUAGAACAAACAACUUUUUCAUUUCCCUUUGCCAUGAAUUUGAGAUCACAUAAAUUUUUAAUUAAACUAGUGUUCAUGCAUAUAAAACUGCACAUUAUAUAUUAAAUAGCAAUUAAAUUAAACACUAUAUUUUACUGUCAGUUUGCUGUCUUAGUGUUUGCAAACCUAUGUUAAUUUUUGAAUAUAUCGAAUGUUAAUUUUUACAGAAAAAUUUUCUUCAAAUUUUGAUUAUCUUUGCACUUUUCCAUGAUUUGUUUGUUUAUGUACAUUUGUAAA